AUGAACGUAAUAGUUGAUGAAUCUCCAAAACAUUUUGAUUAUUAUUUCAGCGACGUCAAAUGUCCAGUGUCAAUGAAAUUGGUAGAAAAGGGACUCUGUUCGCUUCUAUAUUAUUCUCAUUCAUAGCAGCAGGUCUAUCUAUUGCUGCCAUCCUUACUCCUUCAUGGCAAGUUGUCAAUCUUAGAGAAUAUAAUUCCAUCCAUGAGCACGGAUUAUGGCUAGAUUGCACUCGACACAGCAGAGAUGGCAACCAUAUUCUACAAAGGUUCUAAGACUUACGAUUUAUAAAAUAAAACGAACCUAAACCUAUUCUUAGAUACGCUACCGUAACCGAGCCACUACACUGCGUCUACAAGUUUGAUUAUGAUAAGUACUCCGGUACUUUUGACAUCGAAGACGAUAACAGCCCGGUUGGAGAGGUGAACCGGCAUAAAUUCUAUGGUUUCACAAAGUCACUUUUGAAAAAGAAUAAUCGACUUUUAUAGGUUGGCACACAUUCACAAUGAUCCUUCUUGGGCUUGCUCUACUAACAACCUCUCUUUCCACUUUCGUUGGGGCAUGUGCCUGCUGUCACGGUUCUCUCGCCCUUUUCUUCACUCUUAUUACACUUCUCACUAGUGAGUCAGACCGAAUAAGUAAUCAAAAAAGUUGAUCGUACUCAGCGCUUCUCUCUGCUAUUGCCGAAGGUGUUUUCUUUUUCUAUUCGCAUCGAGCUGACAACCGAUUCAUCAAAGGAAUUGUUGGAACGUACGAGCAAAGAGUUGGAACUGCGUUUUUUCUCCAAAUGGCAGCCGCUUUCUGCCACUUGAUUUCAUUCCUCAUCGCCAUGCUUUUCACCUACUUUUCUAUUGCAUCCUCCAAGGAUACCGAUGGUUUUAGUAUUCAGAGAUCCAGCAGGACCAAUGUUACCAAUAUUGGAAGGUACAUUCAGUGUAUAGCUCUUGCCCCUCGGUGUUUGCGGACUCGAGCCGAAAUUUUUGACUUUGGACUUGAGAACCGAAGAGCAAAAGCGAAAAUUUGACAUUACGACUUGUAACAAUACUUGCAACGGCCGUACCUAGCUAGGCUGAUCGAAAAACGAAUUAAGAUCAUUUACGAUUAAUGUUUCAAUCAAGGCCGGGCAAAAGGUGCCAUGCACUAAAAAAGAAACAUAUUUUAAGAAGAAGUUAAAAGUGAGGGAUUUAUGUUCCCAUAGCCCCAAGUUCUGAUAAAAUUCUCCGAAUUUUCUAUAUUUUUCAAAAAAAAAAGCUAAGCAGGUGGAGUUUUCUAGUUCCCCGGACGCCAAAUUUGAAAAAGUUAAAGAUCUUUUAUUCCGUUUUGGUAUGUUCAAAACCAUCCAUAAAGAUAAAAUGUCGAAUCUCAUGGUCAUGGUCAGAAUCGAAUUUCAGAGAGAAUUAUUCGAGUGCCGCACAAAAAUUCGACAGCCUCGUGUUCUUCUUAAAUUUUUUGAAAAAUGUAGCAUAAUAAUUUUUUCAGUAUUUGGGACUUUUGGUUACUUUUUUCGUACACGACAUCUUUAAAUUUUAAGGCUUUCCUAGAGUUUCAACCCACUUGCUGCUACCCGAUCGACCCUAUCUUCUGAAUAGUUUCAGUUCGACAAGCUUGAAGUUGAAAGUUAACUAAGUUUCAACACAAUUGAACUAUCUCAUAAAAAUCUAAUAAAAACUGCAAAGUUUGGGUCCGAUUUUCCGAACUUAAUUGCUGUAGACCGUAAUUUCAAUAUUUUUGUAAACUUACUUGUCAGUUGCAGGUCAAUCGAGUUUGAUGCUCCAUUGAUGUAUCCGCCACAAACACCGAUCAAUGGAUUCCGAGCACCGAGUUACAUAGAUGAUAAACCUGUUGUUGCGGAGAGUAUGCCGGAACUGGGAGCACGGUAUUUCAUUUUUAUUGGUCACGUUUAUUGAAUUUCGAAUUUUAUAGAGGUGGAUACCCUUCAAAUGACUUCUUCGCUUCCAGAAUAAGAAGAAAAAGCGAAACAUGCGUUUAA